AUGCCUUACAUCCCCAACCUGCCUCAGAUCCCCAAUCGCUAUGCUGCGGCACAUGCCAACCCCCAGGGUGAAGGUGAUGCUCGCCCGACUGCACUUCAGAUCAUUCAAGAUGAAGGUCUAGUUGGCAAGCUGGAUGACAAAGUGGCGUUGGUGACGGGCGGCACCAACGGCAUUGGCCUCGAGAUUGUUCGGCAUCUAGCCAAGACCGGCAUGAAGGUAUUCUUCACUUCGCGUAACCUUGCGAAGGGUGAAAAGGUCAAGACUCAGCUGCAAGGCGAAGAUGCCAGCCUUAGACUGGAGGUGGUGGAAAUGGAAUUGAGUAGCUUGAAGAGUGUCAAGAAAGGCGCAGAGCAUGUUCUAGAUAGCACGGUGCGAUUGGAUGUUCUCGUCAACAACGCAGGCAUUGCAGCAACACCACGCGGCUACACAGAAGAAGGAUACGAGCAGCAGUUUGGCGUCAACUACCUCGCGCACUUCUACCUCUUCCAACUUCUCAAGCCUCUUCUUCUGGACACGGCUGCGAACAAUAACGUGAACGUGCGUGUGGUCACCACCUCUAGCACAUCUCACACGGCCUCGACUGUCCUCCCAGAGAACAAUUACGACACGGCCAACCCCAAUGGCAAGGGCUACGAGCCUGGCGUAUCCUAUGCACACUCUAACACGGCAAAGAUCUGGUUCUGCAACGAAGUCGAGCGCCGCUACGGAUCUGAGGGGGUUCACGCUAUCAGCAUCCAUCCUGGUGGCUUCGGCAGCGGCUUGAUGGAGUCUUCGGACGAGGAGACUCGCAAGAUGCUGGAGAAGCUCAUUCAGAUGCCUCAUAUCAGAAAGGUGUGGAAGAGUGUUCAGCAAGGUGCUGCUACAAGUGUGCUGGCGUGUGUGGGUAAGCAGUAUGAUGGCAUUGGCGGGUUCUACAUGGAGGACUGCGGUGUUAGCAAGCCCAUUCCCGAUGAUACCAACUGGGCUGGAUAUGGUUUCAAGUCGUGGGCAUUCGACGAGGAGGGAGAGAAGAAGCUGUGGGCUGAUUCAUUGAAGAUGGUUGGGUUGGAGGACGAGCUCUAG